AUGCUUUUGUCUAAUGGAUAUCGCUUCAAACCAAACUCCACGCGCUCAAUUUGUACCAUAAUAUUCAACAUAUUAUUCAAACAAAUCUUCAGCACAUUUGGUAAGGUUGAAGUUCACGUGAUUUCAACGUUGCGUUGCAAACAAAAGAUUCAAAGUACCGAAACAUACCAGCGAAAAGCUUAUCAUAAUUCGACAGCCGCAUAGAAGCGUUAAACUUUAUGACCAAAUUUUCGUGAUUUUCUCUACUUUUCAAAAUAUCCGUAGGCUAAUUUGGUUGCUUUCGAACAAUAUCACAGAAUUUGUAUACAAACAGCAUAAACGUGCAUUUUGCCCGCGGCUAAUUUAGCGUUGAUUUUAUAAUACCAGAUCACCAUUUAGUCAUACUAUUUUGAGGAGCUGUUUGAUUUAAGUUUUCUUUCCAGUUUCGCUCGUUUUAUUAGCUGACGACAGUAAUCACAACUUAAGGACAACAUCGAACAGAUUAAUUUCGAGAAAAGCGACCGCAUAAACAAACAAAUAAACAAAUAUGGCGGCCGAUUUGAAGUCGAAACUGCAACCCUACAUUGACCAGUUAGACUCUGAACUGCACAAAAAGAACAAAGUGACGGAUGUAUUAGCACAGGCAGAGCAGGCAACAGGCAUCAAGCGGAUCAACUUCGUGCUCGGAGGAAUCGCUCUAGUGGCUCUUGUGUUCAUUUUCACCUUCGGAAGUGAACUUCUCAUCAAUAUUGUCGCAUUCGCUUACCCCGCGUGGAGGUCAGUGCGUGCGAUUGAGAGCAAAGAGCAGGACGAUGACACUCAGUGGCUGAUGUACUGGGUGGUGUACAGCUACAUGCACUUCAUAGAGUUCUUCAUAGACAUCAUCCUCUGGUGGUUCCCCUUCUACUUCACCUUCAAACUCCUCCUCUGCGCCUGGUGCAUGGCCCCCAUCAAGCAGAACGGAUCAGUCGUCAUCUACUACAAUGUCGUGAGACCUUUCGUGAAAAAGUAUGGAGCCGUGUUGGACGAGCAGGAAAAAGCUGCAAAAGAGGCUGCGAUGAGUCUCGGAAGCGACUUGUACAAGACAGCCGACAGCACUGUACGACAGAGAAUUGCCAAGGCAGUCGACGACCAGACCCGAGACGCCAUGGAUUCGUUCACGUCGGGGGGAGGGGAGGAGGAGGACAAGCAUGAUGAGUGAACACGAUGAUUUGUUCACUUGACUAAUAAUUUCUUAUUUAUAUUGAAGUCAUUGACCAUGUUAAGUUGUUAUUUAUAAGUAAAUUAAGGCUGCCUAAGUGAAUGUAUCAUUUGUUAUCAUAAAAAUAAGUAAAAUUUUAUUAACCUUU